AUGUAUCAUAGUAUUUAUUUAAUACUAAUCAUUCAUUUAAUGAUAUUUAUGUUAUGUGAAGGAAUUAUUCUUACAGAGAAUAAUCGUGAACAUUUAAUAGAUUGUUUACAAUUAUGUCAAUAUGCAUUUAUGACAUGUGAAUAUAAAUGUUUUAAAAUGAAUUUUUGUAAAACUAUUUGUGAUAAAACGCAUUAUGAAUGUGAAAAAUCAUGUUACAUUGAAGUAUUUAAUACUACUGAAACAUUUUGA